AUGAAGGCAACAAUCGCCUACGCCAUUGCCGCGACCCUGUUCGGAGCUACGCAAGCAGCAGUCACUCCCGUGAACAACAUCAUCCGCCACGAGUACAACAUGAACGCAAGAGCUGGUGUUCAUGGCAACAUCGAACGUGACGAGGUCGACUACAAACCCGCAGCCGACAUCCUGCAACCUUCGACCGUUGGUCACACGCGGCUUGGAGUCGGACGGUGAAGCAUCUGGCAUCACCCGGUUGCGCCAUUAUACUAUUCAACUUCAAAUCCGGCAUGUCUUGAGACAUGCAAACUAGGGAAUAGCGAUAAGGAGUUCUGGGGGGGGUGGAGAUGGCAGUAUGGCGUGUUUGGAUCUGGUUUCAAUUUACUCAGGAAAUGGAAAAAGAGGGCGGGCAUAGUGGAAGACCCGAGAGUCUGAACAGACCAUGGUUCACGUGGCAAACAAGCUAGUGAUUUGGCACAUCAACGUAAAACUUGGAAAACUUCCAACACUUGUUCAAGUUGAAUGCCAUUUCGCUUCAUGUGGAUGUUUGCCCAGCGCGAAGCACUCCAAUCAGACUGAUGUAUUGUUCGGUUCCUCGCUACUAGCAAGCGGAUUAUGCUACCUCUCGUAAUCCCACAGGUAAUUCCAGACCUUGUUGCCAUCAACAAUGAGAUCGUAUUCCACCCUCAAAUGAUUGGGC